GUCAGUGUGCAGUUUUGCACACGUUUUCGUAGGAGCCACGUUUUCCAAAGAUUUUCUCGAUUUAUUGAUCAGCUUCAUCUUACGCUGUGUACCUUUCGUGUUGUCAAGUGACAACUAUACCGUGCCGCUUCCGCGAAGUCGUGGACGUUUGCUGACUACCCUGAGUAGGACCUCCUCGUAUCCCUUUUGUUCGUUUUUCCACCGUCCCUCGAUCUGCCAGACUGGAAUUUAUAUCUGCUUUUCGUGGACUACCGCUGUCAGCCCAAGGAGUCUUAAUCAAGCCGCUAACCUGAGAGUUCUGUUUCCGGACUCACCGGCGAAUUCGUCCCUUCAUCACACAACCCGGAGACGCUGGGAGCAUUUGUUCUUCUCUCUGGAUAAAGACGAGUUUUUCCUUCCAAAAACAUCGACCGACUCGAGCCCCAGCGUUCUGUUUCUUGGGUUUCUGCGUUGGGUCCCGUUCAGCUGCACGCAGCUCUGUCUCAAAAAUCAACUGUUGGGUUGCUUACGACACGUUCGCUUGCCGGAUCUGCGCUAAAGUCACUUUUCUUUCGCGACGCUUCCCCUUUAGGUACUCGCUACUUUUUUCAGCGCGAGAGGCGACUCGAGUUUUAUUCAGUGGAGGGCUUUGUCUGGCGUAUCGUAUGUGGGAAGGGGAGGCUCCCGCCACAUCAGGGACUGGGGAAAUUCACCGUGUUCGCGACGCCGUGAUAGGGAAUUCCAGGUGAAGACGAAAGCAGCCACACGUAAGAGCGGAGGGCGUCUACGGAGACUCAGCUUCUUCAUCGUUAAAGCGUCCCUUUUUUCUGGGCGUUGAUGCCAGGAGGUCGCGGAUUCUGCGGCAGUGACGCCGGACUUUUCGGGUUGCUUGCCUUUCAGUCAACCAGAAUACGCCGUUUACCUCUUUCGAAACAUUACCACGCUCGAGUGCUCGUAAGCACGACUCCUGCCUCGUUUUUGUUGGUGCCAAGAGGCCACCACACUGUUUUGGUGACAGAGCCAAAGCGGCGUACCUGGGUGAGAGACCCGCGAACAGAGUCCGCCAGUGGACCGAGCCCAGUGGUAGAUGGUCCGAAAUUUGCUUUCAAAGGCGGAAUUAGCUCGCUCACUCGAGUUCGCUCAUUUCGGAUCUUUGCGGAAUCGCAUGCAGCCGGUGGAAAGCCGACUCACCCGUUUUUCUAUCCAGCUCCUCUCAGACUCCGCUCCCUUCUACGUUGUGGGGCGGCGUUGUGUUAUUUCUCCUCGCGUCCUGCUUCGCCAUUUCCAUCGCUUGAGGUAAAAAUGCCAUCUCUGGUGUCAGGGCGGCAUCGGACACCUGCCGAGCUUCAGGCGGCUCUGAAGGUUGUCAACGACCAGCUGGCUGAUGCCAACGACGUGGAGCGACCCGCUCUCGAGCUUGUUGCUCAGAAACUGACCGAGGAACUUGUGGAGGUCGAGUGCGAGCUCGCUCAGCAGAAAGGCUCCUCUGGUGGCCCUGCUGGUAGCAGCGGUGACAGUGGCAGCUAUCAGACAUCUGAAAAAUUGCAGCAGGCGUCCGUGUCAUGCGCUUCCCACCCGUCCGGUGAUUCCAGUGGCAAGCCAGCCGCCGACGCUGAUGAAGACGUAGUCAGUUUCCUGACAGCUUUGCCCAAGGUUUGUGUCGAGGAGGGCGUUCAAAAGUACGUGCUCCUUCGAGUAGAUCCAGAACGCAACGAAGGGAAACGCCUCAAGACGGCGAUCUAUCUUGUGCGGGGCAACCCGCAGGCCGAAUAUCAUUAUCAGUGUGCACUGGACACCAUGAAAGAGCUGGAAAGCAAGGGGCUUGUAGCGGAGGUACAAGGGGGCGGCCGCAUUGAGUGUCGCAUGAAUGACCGGCAAAUUGAGAUAUACGGCCACUCUUACCAGUACGGACGAGCAGAUCACUCCAUCACCGCGCAGCUGAUCAAGCAGUUCUUUGGCAAUGAUUUUCAGGUUUCAUGGGGUGACUACGGAUAUUGA